UAACGCGUCCAGUAGCUGCUUCUCCAACCGCCAGAAAACACUGGAGAAGAAAAAGCCGCUGCUCGCCUGAGCCGCUUUAGCCCCUCGAGUUAUAAAAAUAAAAACGCGUUAUUGUGUCUGGCUCUGAGGAUUUAAAACCCUGAGUAGGUGGCGGUAUACAAGUACAUUGUGAUCUGCCAUUACUCAAAAGAAGAAGAAGAAGAAGAACAACAUCCGGUGACACUCUGAGGAAGACGACAGUCGUACGUCGAAACGUCAGCUGUGUGAGGACAUGAAGACAGAGACAUCCAUGGAUGGAGAGACCUCAGAAGCCUGUGUGAAGAAAGAGGAGACGCUGGAGCUGAAUAUCUACAGCUAUGGAGACGAUCUCAACAACCCACCUGAAGGUCUCGCCGUUAAAGUGGAAGAUCCUGACGAUAAAGACUAUCUCUACUGUGAAGUUUGCAAAUCCUUCUUCCUCAACAAAUGCGAGGUUCAUGGACCACCCCUCUUCAUCCCCGAUACUCCUGUUCCCAUGGGAGUCCCUGACCGAGCCAGACAAACACUUCCUCUUGGGCUAGAAAUCCAGAAGUCCAGUAUUCCUGAUGCAGGCCUGGGAGUGUUUAAUAAGGGGGAGACUGUUCCAGUAGGUGCACACUUCGGCCCCUGCCAGGGAGAGCUGGUGAACCGAGAGGAAGCCAAGAACAGUGGAGACUCCUCGGUUGUAUACAGGAGCAUGCAGUGUGAAGAAUACAUUGAUGCCAAAAGAGAGACACAUGUGAAUUGGAUGAGGUAUGUGAAUUGUGCCCGUAAUGAAGAAGAACAGAAUCUUGUGGCAUUUGAAUAUCAAGGGGGAAUUCUGUAUCGUUGCUGUCAAUCGAUUAACCCUGGACAGGAGCUCUUGGUGUGGUAUGAAGAGGAGUACACCAAAGAACUCAGUCCUGCACCUACAGGAACAACCACACAGCAAGAAAUAAAGAACGCUCUGCUGCAAGUCUUUUCCUGCUCCACAUGCCCUCGUUCCGAUGCAUCUCCAAUUUACCUCGACAAGCAUAUCCAGAGAUGCCACUAUGAAGAGUACGUGAGAUUGCGAGAAUCAGGAGAGAUUAAAUAUAAGCUUCAGAUCCCCUCCAAAUGCUGCAGUCGUCAACCAACAUCAACUGAUAUUAUCCAUUCUGAUACUUCCCAUAAUGAUAUACAGAAGGAACUUCACCACUGCUCAGAUUGUGGAAAGAGUUUUAGUUAUCAGAAUGCACUCAAGACACACCAGCGCAUUCACACAGGGGAAAAGCCGUAUCACUGCUCACAGUGUGGGAAAAGUUUUACUCGUCAGAGUCAUCUCCAAACACACCAGCGCAUUCACACAGGGGAAAAGCCGUAUCACUGCUCACAGUGUGGGAAGAGUUUUACUCGUCAGAGUCAUCUCCAACAACACCAGCGCAUUCACACAGGAGAGAAGCCGUAUCACUGCUCACAGUGUGGGAAGAGUUUUACUCAGCAGAGUGAUCUCCGACGACACCAGCGGAUUCACACAGGAGAGAAGCCGUUUCAUUGCUCACAGUGUGGGAAGAGUUUUACUCAUCAGAGUCAUCUCCAAAUACACCAGCGCAUUCACACAGGAGAGAAGCCGUAUCACUGCUCACAGUGUGGGAAGAGUUUUACUCAUCAGAGUACUCUCCAAGCACACCAGCGCAUUCACACAGGAGAGAAGCCAUAUCACUGCUCACAGUGUGGGAAGAGUUUUACUAGUCAGAUUGAUCUCCAACAACACCAGCACAUUCACACAGGAGAGAAGCCGUUUCACUGCUCACAGUGUGGGAAGAGUUUUACUCAGCAAAGUAAUCUCCAAACACACCAGCGCAUUCACACAGGAGAGAAGCCGUUUCACUGCUCACAGUGUGGGAAGAGUUUUACUCAGCAGAGUAAUCUCCAAACACACCAGCGCAUUCACACAGGAGAGAAGCCGUAUCACUGCUCACAGUGUGGGAAGAGUUUUACUCAUCAGAGUCAUCUCCAACGACACCAGCGCAUUCACACAGGAGAGAAGCCGUAUCACUGCUCACAGUGUGGGAAGAGUUUUACUCAGCAGAGUGCUCUUCAAACACACCAGCGCAUUCACACAGGAGAGAAGCCGUAUCACUGCUCACAGUGUGGGAAGAGUUUUACUCAGCAGAGUGAUCUCCAAACACACCAGCGUAUUCACACAGGAGAGAAGCCGUAUCGCUGCUCACAGUGCGGGAAGAGUUUUACUCAGCAGAGUCAUCUCCAAACACACCAGCGUAUUCACACAGGAUAGAAGCCGCAUCACUGCUCACAGUGUGGGAAGACGUUUGCUUGUUUAGUUACUGUAGCGGUUCUCACGGAAGGGCGGAGCACAGAAGACGGCAGGACAGAGUUCAGGUUAAUAAUGCGUUUUUUUUAUUGGCACACUUUCCAGUGAACAACUGACAUAUAACUGCAGACACACACACAACCAGCGUCUGGUUCGGGGAAGAGCUCCCUCUGCUCUCGCUCUCCCUCCUUAAGUACGGCGCGGUCACUGGGAAGACACACAAACACAGGUUAAUUGACGUCAGGUGUAGUGAUUCUGCCACUUACCUUCCCUGACUCCGCCCUCCUGUCACAGACCGGCGCUUGACCACGCCCCCGCUGCCACAUACCCCCACUGCAGCCGACUCCCCCCCCCCCCCCCCCCCCUUGACGGGAGAGGAAGUCCGCCACCACCAUCUGCGCCCCCGGCCUGUGGAUCACCUUGAAGUUAAAGGGUUGGAGUGCCAGGUACCAACGGGUGAUCCGCGCGUUGGCAUCCUUCAUGCGGUGGAGCCACUGGAGGGGAGUGGUGGUAACGGUGGGCGAGGACUGCCCACUUGAUCGCUAAGCACUCUUUUUCAAUGGUGCUGUAGCGCCCCUCACGCACCGACAGCUUCCUACUGAUGUACAAGACUGGGCGGUCCUCCCCCCCACCUCCUGGGACAAAACAGCCCCCAGCCCUCUGUCCCAUGCAUCCGUCUGUAACAUAAAGGGGAGAGAAAAGUCAGGGGAGUGUAAAAGUGGCCCCCCACACAGUGCAGCCUUUACCUCAGAGAAAGCCCGCUGGCAUUGCUCCGUCCACUGGACCGGAUCUGGUGCCCCCUUUUUAGUGAGAUCAGUCAGCGGGCUGGUGACGUCCAAAUAAUUAGGUAUAAACCUACGAUAAUAGCCAGCCAGCCCCAGGAACUGUCUCACCCCCUUUUUGGUCUUGGGCCUUGGGCAAGCCGCAAUUGCUGCUGUCUUGUUAAUUUGGGGACGCAAAUUAACCUGCCCGUUGCCCACGUGGAAGCCCAGAUAUCGUACUUCCACCCGCCCAACGCACACUUCUUCGGGUUGGCUGUGAGAUCCGCUCGCCUCAUCGACCUAAGGAUGGCCCUCAGAUGUUGGAGGUGCCUCGGCCAGUCAUUACUAUAGACAAUAAUAUCAUCAAGGUAUGCGGCCACAUAGGUGGCGUGGGGGCGGAGGACCCUGUCCAUCAGCCACUGAAACGUAGCGGGUGCCCCAAACAGCCCAAAAGGAAUUGUGACAAAUUGGUGUAAGCCGAACAGUGUGGAAAAGGCCGUUUUUUUCUCGGGAUAGUGGAGUCAAGGGGAUCUGCCAAUAACCGUUUGUUAAAUCCAGUGUCAAAUAAAAGCGAGCCAUGCCUCGUCGAUCGAGCAACUCAUCAAUACGAGGCAUUGGAUACGCGUCGAAUUUAGAUACCGUGUUGACUUUUCUAUAGCCCACACAGAACUGGACCGACCUGUCGGCCUUGGGUACCAAGACCACCUGGCUGCUCCAGUCACUGUGGGACUCCUCGACGAUGCCCAUUUCGAGCAUGGCCUCAAGUUCCUCCCGAACCACCUUUUUCUUGUGUUCAGGUAGCCUGUAAGGGCGGCUACGCACUACCACCCCUGGGGGCGUCUCAAUGUGGUGCUCUAUGAGGUCGGUUCGGCUGGGCAGGGGCAAGAACACAUCCGAAAACUCAGUCUGCAACUGGGCUACGUCUGCAAGUUGGGUCGGGGAGAGGUGGUCUCCACAGGGGACCGGAGAGGUGCGCGAUGCCAAUGCUCCAUUUUGAACCUCCAGCCCUAGCUCCGCCUUCUCCGGAACCACUGACACCAAUGCCACGGGGACCUCCUCAUUCCAGAGUUUGAGUAGAUUGAGGUGGUAAAUCUGUAGCGCCCCACCCCUGUCCGUUCGCCUCACCUCAUAGUCGACGUCCCCGACUCGCUGUGUGACCUCAAAGGGUCCUUGCCACUUGGCGAUCAAUUUGGAGCUCGAUGUGGGCAACAGUACGAUUACUUUAUCUCCCGGUGCGAACUCCCUAAGGCACGUACCCUUGUUGUACAGGCGGGUUUGCCGUUCUUGGGCCUGCCGCAAAUUCUCCUGGGUUAGCUGGGUGAGUGUGUAGAGUUUUGCAUGCAGGUCCAUAAUGUAUUGAAUUUCAUUUUUACUUUGUGAAGGUCCCUCCUCCCAAUUUUCUCGCAGCACAUCUAGAAUGCCGCGCGUCUUACGCCCAUAUAAUAAUUAGACUGGGGAGAACCCCGUGGAGGCUUAGGGGACUUCUCGCACUGAAAACAACAAGGGCUCGAGCCACUUAUCCCAAUUACAUGCGUCCUCACUUAUGAAUUUUUUAAUUAUAUUAUUGAGGGUGGCGGCACGGUGGUGUAGUGGUUAGCGCUGUCGCCUCACAGCAAGAAGGUCCUGGGUUCGAGCCCCGGGGCCGGCGAGGGCCUUUCUGUGUGGAGUUUGCAUGUUCUCCCCGUGUCCGCGUGGGUUUCCUCCGGGUGCUCCGGUUUCCCCCACAGUCCAAAGACAUGAAGGUUAGGUUAACUGGUGACUCUAAAUUGACCGUAGGUGUGAAUGUGAGUGUGAAUGGUUGUCUGUGUCUAUGUGUCAGCCCUGUGAUGACCUGGCGACUUGUCCAGGGUGUACCCUGCCUUUCGCCCGUAGUUGGCUGGGAUGGGCUCCAGCUUGCCUGCGACCCUGUAGAAGGAUAAAGCGGCUAGAGAUAAUGAGAUGAGAUUAUUGAGGGUGCGAUUGAACUGUUCAACUAAACCGUCCGUUUGUGGGUGAUACACGCUGGUGCGGAUCGGCUUAAUCCCUAAUAACCCAUACAGUUCGUUCAGUGUCCGUGACAUAAACGUGGUGCCUUGAUCAGUCAGAAUCUCUUUCGGGAUUCCAACUCGGGAGAUGACGCGGAAGAGUGCCUCCGCAAUACUGCGUGCUGAGAUAUUGCGGAGAGGCACUGCUUCCGGGUAUCGCGUUGCAUAGUCCACCAGAACUAAUAUAAAGCGGUACCCUCGUGUUGACUGAUCUAAUGGCCCGAUGAGAUCCAUCCCAAUUCUUUCGAACAGGGUCUCGAUUAAUGGUAGAGGGCGCAAAGGCACUUUUGGAAUGGCCGCUGGAUUUACUAACCGGCAUUCAUGGCACGCCGUACACCACCUCCAGAUAUCGCCGCGAAUCCCCGGCCAAUAGAAUCGGGCCAUUAUUCGGGCUAGUGUCUUAUCCUGCCCUAAGUGUCCAGCCAUGUGAUUAAAGUGAGCUGCUUGGAAUACCAAUUCCCGGCGGCUUUUUGGAAUUAAAAGCUAUGUGAUUUGCUCUUUCGUCUGAGUGUCCUGCGUCACUCAGUAUAAUAUAUCUUUCAUAAUAGAAAAAUAGGGGAAGGACAGGGUGGCAUUCGGCGGGAGAGUUUGACCAUUGAUUACUCUCACUUGGUCAAACGCAUGCCACAGAGUCUCGUCCCGCGACUGCUCUAACAGGAAAUCUGCCAGGGAUUCCCCGAGAGAGGGAGGAGGAGCCUGUGGCUCCUCACUCUUAGGCAGAGAUGACGUAGACGGCUCUGUGACAGCUGCUCCCGCCAAGGCGACACCAGGACCUCCCCCUGCUGACCUAUGGCAGGACCCACUCCUCACUAAAUGACUCAUCAACUCCCUGAAUCCCGGCCAAUCAGUCCCCAAAAUUAUCGAGUGGGUGAGGUGAGGAUUAACCGCCGCCUUUCCUAUAAAUUUUUCCCCUUGGAAAAAAACGUGGACUGACACCAAAGGGUAGCUGUGAACAUUCCCGUGCACACACAACACCUUCACCCCCUGUGCUCCCCCCAAUGCUUCAUCUUGCACCAGGCUUUGGUGAAUUGAGGUAUGAUUACAACCAGAAUCCACCAACGCCUGAUAUGUAUCCCCUUGGAUACUCACCGGUAUGCGAUACGCUCCGGCCCGAUCGAGGGCGGCUUCUGGCACGUCGGGGAUCUGAACCAUCGCGCCCACCUCCAUUACCGUGCACUGCUGUUGGAGGUGGCCCGGCUCCCCACAGCGCCAGCAAACCGGCCCGGGCUUCCUCUCCGCACCAGUGUUCUGGGGCUCACUCACCUGAGGGGGGGGAGAGACAGACACAGAAGGGAGAAAUGGGAGGGCACCGCGGGUGCGGCGGGCCGGCUGGGGUGGCGCCAGCCCCCGCAGUGGGGGAAUGGGGCAAGGACAGGACACAGGAGGAGAGAGAGGAGAGAAGAGGCUGUCUGCUGUCCUGCCGCCGGGACAGCCGCCAAAUGGUCCUCCACCAGCUUGAUGGCCUAAUCCAGCGACGCCGGGGGUUGGCACUGGACCCACUCCGCGGUUCCUGCUGGCAAGCGUGCGAUGAAUUAAUUCUUCCAGUACCACCUGGUCGACGAUAUCCUCGGCGUCGCAGUUGUCGGCCCUCAACCACCGCCAGCAGGUGUCCUGGAGAUGCUGGCCAAACGCGAAUGGCCGGCCGACUUCCUCCAAGGGCAAAGCGCGGAAGCGCUGACGCUGCUGCUCGGGGGUGCACCCCAUACACUGGAGGACGGCCCGGCGAAGGUCCGCGUAGGCCAGCCUGCAUUCGGCAGGGAGCUGUAGCGCAGCCAGCUGCGCCUCUCCCGUUAGCAGGGGGAGGAGGCGCGCCGCGCGCUGAUCCAUCGGCCACCCCGAGGUCUCCGCGACUUGCUCAAAGAGCGUGAUGAAUGCCUCGGGGUCGUCCUGCAGGCCCAUCUUUGUCAGGGUGAGGGGGGACGGGCCCGCAGUGGGAGCGUUGGUAGACCCCGCCGACGCGAGGAGGUGCCGGAACGCCUGACGAUCUUCUUGCUGGGCCAACACCAGGGCCUCGAACCACUGUUCCUGCUCCUUUCGGAGGGUGACUAGCGCCUGGUGCUGGCUUUGCUGGGCCGUGGCGAAGGCGUGGACCAGGUCAGCGAAUGGGGAGGACUCCAUGGGGCUGUUCGGCUUCUGCGCUCCAGAUAAUUCCCGGGUUUCAGCACCACUGUAGCGGUUCUCAUGGAAGGGCGGAGCACAGAAGACGGCAGGACAGAGUUCAGGUUAAUAAUGCGUUUUGUUAUUGUCACACUUUCCAGUGAACAACUGACAUAUAACUGCAGACACACACACAACCAGCGUCUGGUUCGGGGAAGAGCUCCCUCUGCUCUCGCUCUCCCUCCUUAAGUAGGGUGCAGUCACUGGGAAGACACACAAACACAGGUUAAUUGACGUCAGGUGUAGUGAUUCUGCCACUUACCUUCCCUGACUCCGCCCUCCUGUCACAGACCGGCGCUUGAUCACGCCCCUGCUGCCACAGUUACAUUUAAGACCUUCAAGUGCACUAACUCAGAGACACUGCAUGAUUUAAAGUUGUCAAAUUAAAUAUGGUUGUUACAGUUUUGACUGAAAAUGACCUGUACUUUGAACUUUAUUGUUCAUGUUACACUGGUCAACAAUUUUUCAGAAGUUGUCUGCUUCAGAGAUGAAGUUGAAUAUUAUGAAAUUUGGUGUGUUGAAUUAGAAGUGACAGUUAAUCAGCUAAUUGGCUAUGGUUUCCAAGAUAUUUAAGAUUUUAUAUUU